UGGCAAUUGCUAUUUGCUGCCUAGUGCCUAUUAUAAUUUAUAUUUUAUAAGGAUGGCGGCGGUUUAUAAGAAUGGACGUGUCGAUGCUAUGAAAGUUACAGAAGUAAAUAAUAUUAAAGACUUUGUGUGUAAAGAAAAUGGGCUGAACAAAAUUAAUGGCAAAACAAACCACCAUUCAAAUGGAUAUAAUAAACAUUCAAGCAAUGGCUUUGUUAAGAUGUCUAAAAGCGAUCGAGUGCCACGGAUGGAUUGGAGCGGGUACGACACGUUUGCUGGCUCAUUCGAGAAGAGCAGCUUGCUGACGGCUGCUCUCACUCACGCGGGCCUCUACAUCCUCAUGUUCCUGGGCUUCCUCAACCAGCUGCUCUUCACUCCCAAUGUGGCCGUCGAGAAAAACCGGGAGGGCUACGCACCUCUAUACAACCCGUUCGAGCAGUUUUUCUCCCGUUAUCUGUACCGUCGCGUGCGGCAUUGCUUCAACCGGCCUAUCACCUCGGCGCCCGGCGCUCAUCUCACUCUCAAGGAGCGCGCCACCGAUGACUACAACUGGACUUUCAGGUUCACCGGGCAGGAGCGUCGCUGCAUAAACCUGGGUUCGUACAACUACCUAGGGUUUGCCGAGCCAACGGGCGAGUGUGCUGACGCGGCUGAGGAAGCCACACGCCGCUACGGUCUGUCGCUUUGCUCCUCCCGAGCAGAGCUUGGCAGCACCCCGCUGCACGCCGAGCUAGAGCGGACCACGGCUGACUUCCUGGGAACCGAGGCCGCUAUCGUAUUCGGCAUGGGAUUCGCAACCAACUCCAUGGGACUCCCCGGUCUGCUGGGCUCCUCCAGCCUGGUGCUGAGUGACGAGGCCAACCACGCGUCGCUGAUCCUGGGGCUGCGGCUGGCGCGAGUCACGGUGCGUGUGUUCCGCCACAAUGACCUGGCGCACCUGGAGACACUGGCGCGGGCUGCCAUCGCCGAGGGCACGUGGAAGAGGAUCGUCGUGGUGGUGGAGGGUGUAUACAGUAUGGAGGGGUCAGUAGUGCCGCUGAAAGCACUGGUGGCACUCAAGAAGCGGCUGGGACUUGCAAUCUACCUGGACGAGGCGCACUCAGUAGGAGCCAUGGGGCCGCACGGCCGCGGUGUCACCGAUUUCGCAGGCGUAGACCCGAGCGAUAUCGACGUGCUGAUGGGCACCUUCACCAAGAGUUUCGGCGCCGCUGGCGGAUACAUUGCGGGCUCGUCGCGGCUCAUCAGCUGGGUGCGCGCGCACGGUCACGGCCACACGUACGCCCACAGCAUGGCGCCGCCCGUGGCCGCGCAGGUGCUGGGUGCCAUGCGAGCCAUCGCCUCUCCACGGGGCGCCGCCCGCCUGCGCUCGCUGGCCGACAACACGGCCCACUUCCGGCGGCGCCUGCGGGACCUGGGCGUGGUGGUCUUCGGGCACGCCGCGUCGCCCGUGGUGCCCAUGCUGGUGUACACGUUCAGCAAGAUGGCGGCCACCGUGGAGCGGCUCACGGCGCGGGGCGUGGCCACCGUGGGCGUCGGCUUCCCGGCCACGCCCCUCAACAAGGCGCGCAUCCGGUUCUGUCUAUCGGCGGCUCACACCCGCGAGGAGUUGGACCAGUGCCUGGCCGCCAUCGAGGAGGUUGUAAACGAGCUGGGAUUGCGCUACUCACGACGGUCGUAGCGGAUGACGUCAUCAACAUAUCUGUUACGAGUCCUGUAUCUAUAACAUACCUCUAUUACACGCCUGUGAAUAUUCCAGUUUGUUCAUGACAAGAACUUAAUCUAUUUUUAUCUACACCGUGCUUUAAAUCCUCUAUUAAAGAUUCUAAAACAGUAAGCUUAUUGCCAACAUUAAAACACCCAAUGUCUUAAUAACCAUUACAUCAUCCAAACGAGUGUUGUAAUGAAAUUCAGUACAACAUUACAACACUCGUUUGGAUGUUGAAAUGGUUACUAGGAAUGGCUUUUUUAAUGUUUGCAGUAAGCUAACUGAUUCAGAAUCUUAUAGAGGAUUCAUAUUAUGGGUGUAGAUAAAGUCUUGCAUGCAACUGUUGAUAAUUAGGUAUUAAAACACUCAUGUGAUACUAUUGUCAAUAAACCCACAUUCGUGUUUUAAUACCCCUUAUUACACAACAUUUGCAUUAAUUACUAUUAGUUACGGCUUACCAAAAUGGUGUGAAUACACAAUGUUAUUUAAUGUUUAUAAAUAAAUAUAGACGACCCAAAUAGCCGAAUGGUUAGUGACUCUGACAACUAAGCUAGAGGUCCCGGGUUCGAAUCCCGGUAGGUGCAAUCUAUAUGGUGAAUAUGGAUGUUUGUUUCCGAGUCAUGAAUGUUUAUAUGUAUUUAUGUAUGUGUAAGUUUAUUGUAUUAAAUAUAUUGUUGUCUUGUACCCAGGCUAUGCCUAGUUUGGAGCAAGAUAAUUUGUGUAAAGUGUCAAUAUUAUUAUUAUAAAUAUAUUAAGUAAUGUUUAGUGAGGCUAGCUGUAUGAUCAUGCAUAGUGCACAUAGUAGUAGCGCUCAGACGGACAAUUAAUUAUAAGUAUUAUAAUAGUAAAUGUGUCAGUGACGAGUGGGCGGCCCCUCAUGCGUCCGAGGACACUGACCUCUACUAUAUACCACUGGACUGCCGGCUGUCAAAGUGCUUUUGUGCCUGUUUCAUAUUCGCCAUUUUGGCGCUGUUGGACAUAGCGAGAGUCUGCGGUACUAAAACUAGUGAUGACAACCUCAGCAAACAUUGAUAGAUUGUGGGAAACUAUUUACAAAAAAUAAUUUGUGUACUUUAUUACGUUGAUUCUUGAAGUAUAAAUAACACGGAAAACGAAUGUAAUUAAUUCAAAAUGCAAAAAUACUUCAGAUUGCACGUUCCUUCGUAGCCAUUUGUAUUAUACGUCAAAAUUAGUUCUCUUGACGCUCGCGAGUGGCGCUUCAAAUAGGCACAAAAGUUUGCUGUCAAACGUAUGAACAGCCUGUCCAGUGGUACUUAUACAGGUCAGUGGUACAGGACAUCUUGCUCGUCACAACAAGUGGACCGUCACACUCCCCCCACCGAUCACCAGUGUGCACGAAGCGCCCGAGUCGCUCGAGCGACUGUCUAUAAUUAUUAUUUAUUGUAUAAUUAGCUAUAAUAUACAAUCCAAUAAAUUAUUUAGUCACAUUAAA